UUGAUCGAGCGCUCAGCAAGUAAUCAUGAUUUAUUGGUUUUGUUAAAAAUUUGGCUGGAGCCAAAGACAGGAAUUUGCAGAUGCGAAACCCGAUUAGAUGGCAAAGUAGCUCUUGUUACUGGUGGAAACUCUGGAAUCGGAUUAGAAACGGCCAGAGACUUAGCAAAAAGAGGUGCGAGGGUAAUAAUAGCUAGCAGGAAUACCGCGAAAUCUGAGCAAGCAGUCACUGACAUAAUUGCAACUACCGGUAAUAAAAAUGUAGAGUACAGAAGUUUGAAUCUUUGUAAAUUCAGCAGUGUGAUAAAUUUUGCUGAUGAUUUCAAUAAAACAGUGAAUCGUUUGGAUAUUUUGGUCAAUAAUGCUGGAUGUGUUUGGAUGCCUCACCGUACUUCCGAUGACGGUAUAGAUCUUGUGAUGCAAACGAAUCAUUUGGGACCAUUUCUUCUCACAAAUUUACUUAUGGAUAAACUAAUAUCAUCGAAACCAAGUCGUAUUGUCAUUGUUUCAUCUUAUCUCCAUAAUUUUGGUCGUUUGGAUCUUGACGAUAUUGCUGGCAUCAAUACUGCUUUUAAUAGACGACUAUUAGGAAACUACCUUAAAUACGCAAAUAGUAAACUUAGUAACGUUCUUUGGAUGAAGGCCCUCGCAAAAAGACUUCCUAACGGAGUUACAGUCAAUGCAUUGCAUCCAGGAGUAGUUACAACCGACAUUUAUGAAUGGAUACCAUCAUAUGUUAGAAAAAUUUUGAACAUUUUAAUGGAUUUAAUAUUUAAGAACGCUAAAGAAGGUGCUCAAACAACUAUACAUCUGUGUGUUUGUGAAGAACUAACUGGUUUUACCGGCGGGUACUAUAAAGACUGCAAGCUCCAUCCUUAUCACAAGAUAUGUGACGAUGUUGAUUUUGUUGAUAUGUUUUGGGAUAAGUGUAUUUUACUUACUUCGAGAAAACAGAACUAG